AUGGCGACCACUGGAAGUAUAUUUGGAGGCGCACAGCAAAAGGCAGGGACUGGCUUGUUUGGUUCCUCGACGACGGCCGCUCAACAGCCUAGCACUACCGGAGGAUUGUUUGGAGGUGCGGCAAGCAAUCAACAGACUCAACAGGCCACCAUGACUGGCGGUGGUGGACUAUUUGGCAGCACGGCGACAGGCCAGCAACAGUCUCAGCCAGCCAGCGGAGGCCUUUUCGGCAGUAAUCCUACUGUGACGCAACAACAGCAACAACCGCAACAGGCAGGUGGCGGCCUUUUUGGCUCUGGAACAGCCAACACUCAGUCUACUACCACCGGAGGUGGCCUCUUCCAACAGUCACAGGCAAACCCGUCAGGGGGUCUAUUAAUUGUUUCGAAAACGCGUAGCGGCCAAUCACAGCCCCAGCAAACUCAAGCAACAAGUCAAGUACCAGCAGUUCAAAUCAACUAUGAUAAUCUUCGGCCUCGGACAAGAUUUGAUGAUCUUGCCAAACCUGUUCAAGACGAAAUAGCUCUCAUAGACAAAGGAAUCCAGCGUGUAAUCAAGAUGAAGGAUGAGAUUGGAGAGUUCAUGCCGCAACACGAGAAGGAUAUUGAACAACUAGGGCGAGAUGUCAAGUUUGUGGAAACAAAGUUCAAGACGGUUCAAGUUGCUCUCAACCAGGACAUCCAAACUGUCAAAGUGUUGCAAGACAUGACAAAGAAGAGCAUAACAGACGCUCAACUCUCAUUUAAGGCGACCGACAACCUCAAGCUACCCACGCAUUAUCAUCAGACUGGCCUUUUUGCUGGACCGACGUCGUCCGCAGACUCCAAUGGAACCGACGCCGCCUCCGCGCAUGCCAACGCGCAGGAUCUUAUCACGUAUUUCAAUCGGAUUUGCGAUGAUGUGGAAAAAUACAAGAAGAGGCUGGAUGAAUAUCGAGGUGAAAUCGAACGGGACAUGCCCGGCGUGGAGAAUGGGCUCUACGAGCAAAUUCGGAGUCUACGGGACCGCAACGCUGCUGUUGGUGGUGCCGUCCAAGAUCAGCUUGGACAGGUGCUGUCGGCACUGCGGGAGACGGGAAAUGCAAUUGUUGCACAGGCAGGGCAGAUUGCUGAUACCCGCGAGAGGCUUUCAAGAUUACAGGCGGGCAUACUCGACAGUGGUGUUUAUGCCAUAGGAAUGGCCGGAUGA